AUGUACACACUUAUUGUUGGCCGAAUACUUCCUCGUCGUGUUACAUACUCAGGGUAUGGCUGCUUUGCAGAUCGUCACAUUGGACCAUCAGAAGUCGAGAAGCAGCUCAUGCUUGAUUAUCUCGGCUUUAGGGAUUUGAACUGUCUGACGCAGAGGGCUGUUCCCGAUGCGAUUCGUUUGCAACGACCUUUAGACCUACCUACCGCAGUUAAUGAAGCUCGAAUGUUGAAAGAGCUUAAAACGUUAGCGAAUCGUAAUAAAAUUUUCAAUUCAUAUAUUGGAAUGGGUUACUACGAUUGCAUUGUACCUUCUGUUAUUAGACGUAACAUGUUGGAAAAUGCUGGAUGGUUGACUCAGUAUACACCAUAUCAACCAGAAAUAGCACAAGGUCGCUUAGAAUGUUUGAUGAAUUUUCAAACAAUGAUAAGUGAUUUGACAGGAUUGGCUAUCUCAAAUGCUUCAUUGCUUGAUGAGAGUACAGCUUGCUCUGAAGCUAUGACAUUAGCUGUACGCUUCACCAAGCGCAACAAAAUACUCAUUGACCCCUUACUGCAUCCGCAAAAUAUUGCUGUAAUUGAGACACACGCCCAACCUCUAGAAAUUGAUAUUGGUGUAUUAAACAUAACAAAUCCGAACUUUGAUCAUCAAGUAGGCGGUAUAAUUAUACAGUAUCCAAACACAGAAGGUGAAAUUUCGCUACUGGAUGAUGUAAUCAACAAAGCACACGAGAAUAAGAGUCUCGUUAUCCUCGUUUGCGAUCUCUUAUCAUUAACGUUGCUUCGUUCUCCGGGAGAGCUUGACGCAGAUGUGGCAGUUGGUAGUUCACAGCGAUUUGGUGUACCGUUGGGAUUUGGUGGUCCUCAUGCUGGUUUCAUGGCGGUCAAAAAAAAUGAUGAACAAUUUUCCCUAGUCCGCCAAAUGCCUGGUCGUAUUGUUGGCCUAAGCAAAGAUGUAAAUGGAGAAUCUGCGUAUCGCUUGUCUUUACAAACUCGUGAACAGCAUAUUAAACGUGAUAAAGCUACGUCAAAUAUAUGUACUGCGCAAGCUUUAUUAGCCAAUAUGUCCGCCAUGUAUGCAAUAUAUCAUGGGCCGAAACGUCUAACAACUAUUGCUCAAACAGUUCACAAAAAUACCGCGUAUUUAGCUCAGCAACUGAAAAACGUGGGAAUUACUGUAGUACAUAAGGAUUUCUUUGAUACUCUCAAAAUUGCUGUCCACGACGUGAAUGAGAUCAAAAAGAAAAGUAUUAAUAAAAUGUUGAAUGUACGGUAUUAUAAUGAUUCUAAGCAUAUUGGCGUAUCACUUGAUGAAACGACAGGUGCUGAAGAACUUGCCGAUCUAUUACAUAUUUUUGGGAUUGAAAAAUGCCCGGUAGAAAUAAACAUUGGAAUACGGGAUUGUACUGGGCCUUUAAUUGGAAAUACGGUGUACGGUAGACGAACUGAUUUCCUUACUCAUCCAGUUUUUAAUUCAUAUCAUAGUGAAACUCUUUUACUUCGAUAUAUGAAGAAAUUAGAAAACAAAGAUGUUUCUCUAGUGCAUUCCAUGAUACCACUUGGAUCGUGUACCAUGAAGUUGAACGGAAGCGCUGAACUUUCUUCGAUCACAUGGCCUGAAUUUAUGAAUUUACAUCCAUUUGCGCCAAGAGAUCAAUGGAAAGGUUAUGCUGCAAUUUUCGAUCAAGUAGAAAAAUGGUUAUGUGAAAUUACUGGUUACGAUAAAGUGUCACUUCAACCCAAUAGUGGUGCUAAUGGUGAGUUUACUGGUCUUUUGGCGAUUCGUAAAUAUUUACAAUCAAUUGGUCAAGGUCAGCGAGAUGUAUGUCUGAUACCGAUAUCAGCUCAUGGCACUAAUCCAGCAUCUGCAAAAAUGGCAAACAUGCGUGUCGUUGUAGUAGACUCAGAUCGACAUGGUAAUAUUAGUUUCAAGGAUCUGAGCUCAAAGGUUGAAAAAUAUAAAAAUGAAUUGGCAGCAAUUAUGAUAACUUACCCAUCGACACAUGGUGUUUUUGAAUCGUCAAUCGUUGACGUAUGUGCUAAAAUUCAUGAAAAUGGUGGACAAGUCUAUUUAGAUGGCGCAAAUUUGAAUGCUCAAGUAGGUUUAUGUCGUCCGGGUGACUAUGGUAGUGAUGUUUCACAUUUAAAUCUGCAUAAAACUUUCGCCAUUCCUCAUGGUGGUGGAGGUCCAGGUGUUGGCCCAGUAGGAGUGAAAUCACAUUUGGCUCCGUUCCUUCCUGGUCACUGUGUAGUACCUAUUGAUGAUCGAAAAACAGGUGCAGUAAGUGCAGCACCAUAUGGUUCAAGCAGCAUUAUUCCGAUCACAUGGGCAUAUAUUCGCAUGAUGUCUAAUACUGGUCUUAAGGAAGCUUCACAAAUCGCUGUCCUGAAUGCUAAUUAUAUGGCAAAGCGACUAGAAACUGCGUAUCAAAUCGUUUUUAAGGGUGAACAAGGUUUAGUAGCGCACGAAUUUAUUAUUAAUUGCAAAAAUUUUAAAAAAACAGCAGGUAUAGAAGUGAUUGACAUUGCUAAGCGGCUUAUGGAUUAUGGAUUUCAUUCACCAACAAUGUCUUUCCCUGUUCAUGAUUGUCUUAUGAUUGAGCCAACAGAAAGCGAAGAUAAAGGUGAAAUGGAUCGUUUCAUCGACUCUUUAAUAUCAAUUCGUGAAGAAAUUUCGCUAAUUGAACAGGGCAAAAUGGACAGAAAUAUUAAUCCUCUUAAGAUGGCACCACAUACCAUAUCUGUUUUAACGGCUACCGAUUGGAACCGACCAUAUUCUCGCAAAGUGGCCGGAUUCCCAAAGCCUUGGUGUGCACACAAAGUAUGGCCAUCGAUUGGGCGAAUUGAUGACCAGUAUGGUGAUAGACAUUUAAUUUGCUCUUGUCCAUCGACGGAAACAUAUGCUAACGAGUAA